CAUUUACAAGAUAAGGAUUUAAAUCCAUUCAACUUACUAGUAUAAAUCAAAUUAUGGCGUUUUUAUUGCUGGGAGCGCUAUUAUUAGUUAAAAACGUGAUAUACAUAUAUACCAUACAUUAAAAUGAUAACGUUUAUAAAGAUAAGAGACACACCGUCCUUAAAGUUAAUUCCAAUUUGGACAUCUUACUUCAACGAAGCUGUAUGUCGGUCGUAUAUAUGCAUAUGUAUGUACAUACAUACAGCCCUGAAUUUAAGGGUUUUAUCGUCCCAAAUGUGCAUGCGCAAAUAUCCCCUCUAGUUUGAUCGGGACAUAUAGAUGCGUGCGCAUCACACCGCGAUAGCAGUUGAAAUACGAAACAAGGGAUAGUCGCACUUCGUGGUGGAUCAUGUAGAUAUUCCAAUAACGUCUGAUCGCAAGGUGAUUUCGUGUACAAAGUGGAGGUUCACAGACCGCAUGCGAAAAGCAAUUAGUAUCAAUUGAGAACCUGUGUGCAAUUCGCGAUGAACUAUCCUUAAAUUGUGUAGAAAGGUGGGUACGUUCUCUAGUUUUCUCCGGCUCCGAUCAUAGACGAGAAACUUUCAAAGAAUAAGCUAAGCACUUCAUCAAUGAAUCGUUCAAAGUCUCUAAACAAUUAUUGUUUCUUUGCUGACAACGGGACCUCGUGAUGAUAGUCAGAAAUUUUACGUUGACUUGUGCCUUUUUGAAGAUUGCAAAAUAAUUCGUCGAAAUCGUAAGACAGAAUAUCGAGCAUGAUCGGACCGUCUUCGGGUACGGGAGGCGUUUCGGAGCACGAGGUGUCGGACAAUCAGUCCAGAUCGGGGAAGAAGCGCAUCUUUGAAGACCUGGACAUCGAGAACUUCUGCGAGGAGGUACAGAACAGUCGCAAGCGGUACCAGUAUCAAGAGAUAGAAACUCCGAUGGAAAUGGUCGCUUCUAAUCAAGGGAUAAGCGACACUGCAGCGUUUUUCUCACCAUUAUCUAGUCAGGAAGUCGUGGACGAGUGUCCAGUAGCACGAUUGGAAGUUCUAUUGGUGGACGGUACGAAUUACACUUGGACAACCGUCUCUGAACUGGAGUCUCAGCAGAACGUUACCGAAGUUGCGACCUCCCCCUCUGCGUCUUCCUCUUCCUCGGAGCACCGUCAGGAACAGGUGAUCCAGGAAGUGCAGAUAGAAGAAAUGAGCUACCCAGUUGGCUCCGAUUACUGGGAAUCUGUUGUCACGGUGCCUUCAUUGAAUCUACCACAGAAUAAAAUUGGAGGAUCUUGUAACGGCCAACAACAGCAACAACAGUUUGACGAUCAAGAGACUGGGAACCUUUCCUGGUUGCUGGACUUCAAAUUGGACCCCUUCAUUGAAGCUGCGGAUGAAAAGUCCACCGCGACACCCGCCAGAAACAAUUAUAUUGGGAACAAGGCAAAAAUAAACGGUCGUUCUUACGGAUCUCUCUGUAGCAAUGACGUUAAAAGAAGUUACAAUGAGAAUGGCUCGUCGCAUCAGGAUUUGAAUCAGAGUUACUCGAAUUUCGAUAACAGAAACUUUGCCAGUUCACGGUGCAACGGGCCGAAGAAACCACCCUUCACGUACACAGAACUCAUUGAACACGCUCUUCGGGAAAGGGGAGAACUUACAGUAUCAGCAAUUUAUCAGUGGAUCUCUGAGCAUUUUCCUUAUUACAAAAGCAACGAUGAUCGUUGGAAAAACUCGGUGCGGCACAACCUUUCGAUAAAUCCUCACUUCAGAAAAGGAUCAAAGGCACCUCAUGGAGCUGGACACUUAUGGGCUAUUGCAAACAGAUCCGGAGAUUCUAGACCCAGACAAACUAUCAACACUAGUUCUUCCAUAAAACAAGUUGUUAAGAGCGCUAUAGAAGCUGAGAAUAAUUGGAAAAAUAUUAGUCAAAUCAAUCCUAUAGAUGAGGUGGAAGCUGCAACUGCCAGCAUUAUACAACAGCCUUCCGAGGAAGAGACUGAGAACAUAGUGAAUUCUGUAACAUUGGAACAUUGUGCAGAGGAAAUCCUAAGUGGUAUAAAAAAAGAAGUGGAAGUCCAGUAUCUUGUUCCUAUGAUGGUUUCCAACAAUGAACAUAAUUCCACUCAAUCUGAUCAACAAACACAAGAACUUCAUUAUCCAGUAAAAGAGAGUGAUUUUCUUAAUCCAGUGUCCAAGGAAGUAGUGGCAGAAGAAUGUGGAUUAAUAAGCGAAGGGUAUUUAGUUACAGACUUAAAUCCCACAACCUUAGGUCUGAAUAUAGUUGAACCAGAAAUUAUCACACCGGAGAAUCUAUUUGGAGAAGAAUUAAGUUUUCAGUUUUACGAACUGUCCUCUCCGUCACAGAUUCAAUCGGCCUGACACACCGAAAAAAAUAAAGUACGAUUGAUCGUGAUCGAUGAGUUGCAUGUACAAAAUAUUCAGGAUUUAUAUCAAACUGAAAACGCCGAUGUUACUAAAAUCAAAGAAUUUCAACAGGUUUUUAUCGAUCAAAAAUCAUCCUCGGUUUGUGAACGCGUCACCGGAAAUUGUGACGCAUCUUCGAUAGCUGAAAGCUGAUUUUUUUCAAUAGUGCUGCCAUUUAUAUGAUGACCAACAGAAAGUUCGGUCUAAUUUAUUAAUGUCUGAAUUGUGCCUGAAUAUGUGUCUUACUAAAUCAUUUACUGCUAUAUAUUAGUAUAAUUCCUUCUAGCUCUUGCAGAGUAACAAUGUAACGUUUUUU